AUGGAAGAAGAAGACCUUGAUGGUUGGAAUGCGGAGUUUCUGGAAGAGGCACUGUCCGGCUUUACUCAGCGACCUGAGCCGGUUUCAGCUCCGGCGCCGUCGAUGACAACGAUUUCACCGCCUUUACCUCACGCCGUGCAGUUACAAUCAGCAGGACAUCGGAAACAAAUCCCAUUCCAUGAUCCUUCGGGCUUUUCUCCACCGAGAGUACUCUCGCAAAGAGUAAGCGUCUACAAUGACGCGUCAGUGGAUUACUCUGGCUCUUCGGUGGCUGCUGCUAGAACGAACUCUUCGACUCGUCGCUAUGAUAGCGAGAAAGAUCUCGAAAUUGAUCGGCUAAAGAAGGAGCUGGAACGUGCCUCGAAGAAGUUGCUGGAUAUGGAACAAGAAUGUUCUAAGCUUAAAAAGGGGAAAAGCAAAAGCAAAGAAACACAAACCAAAAACUCACAUACUGAGAUGAAAGGGCAAGGUGCUACUACAGUUCAUGCUUCUAAAAGAACAAACUUGGAACCAGAUGUUGCAACAACUUCACUGAAUGAUCGAGAAACCAAUUCUACAACAGGGGUGGGUGAUAAAAGAAGUUUCAAGACCACUGGUGUGCAGGCGGAUAUGGACAAUCAUGCUGACCUCUCAAAGAAACUGCAAGAUAUCUGGGGAGCCUCGAAUUAUCAGGAUCCAAGGAAAAAUCUCAUCUCAGAGCUACUAUUGGCUUGUUCAACAGAUCUCCAGAUUCUUUACAGUUUUAUGAAAACCAAUGGGCCUCCCCAAGGAAAAGACAGACAGGGAGCCAAAACCUUGUCGAAUAUGCAAUCUUCUGAAGCAUUAGAAUCUGAAAAAGUGCAUCAACUGCAUUCUGCUGUAACAAAGAUCAGCUAUGGUUUUGUAGAUUUGAAGACCUUGUUUGAGCCACUACUUGAUCUUUGUAAAGCGGAAAAUGCAGUUCUUGUUGAUAGAUCUCUUCGUGUGCUACAUGUGCUGUUGGAACACAUAUGUGGUUUUGAGAAGAAAUUUGAAGCCAGCGGAAAAUUAGAUGCAGAGUCAAGCAGGAGGAGUCAAGGAGAUACUGAUAAGGCUCUGCCAAGUUGGGAUCCAAACUGGCAUUCUCUGUUUGAAUUGAUGAAUCAAAUCGCUAGUAAAAGAACCGAAGAGAAUGUGAAACUGGAAGCAGUGUCGAUAAUGAACAUUGUUGUGAUGAGAACUGAUGCUUAUACCAUGAGAGAAAAUUUUGUCUCAAAGGAAGUGUUUGAGAGCAUUGCAUUACUUUUGAAAAAGGAAGCUGGCUUACGUGUGCGGAGAGAAGCUAUUCAUCUUUUCUACUUGCUGCUCAACUGCCCUAAAGUACUAGCUAGCUUUGAUUCUUCUCUUCACGAUGAAAAGAAGUCAUCAGAUUCUGGAAACCACAGUGAAGGAAAUCUCUUUGCUUUGGAAGCAUUUGGUUUGAUAUUUGAAGGUCUAGCAGAUUGUCUGACUUUUCCAAGAAAGACAUCAGAGGAUCUGGAGCUCUGUCGAAAUGUGAUAAAGAUCUUGGCUUUAGCAGCUUCUUCAGGAAACUCUGGCUAUGAGCUACUCUCGAAUCACAAACUACCUCAAGACGCCAACUAUUUAAUGUUGAUUCUUCAUAUUUUAGCAGCAGAAUUAGAGUCAGAAUCAACCGAGGCUCAUCCAAACGAUGAGAUCUUCAAAGCAAGGACGCUACUGAUGAGAGAGAUAUUGAUAUUACUAAACAGACUAGUCUCUGGCUCUUCAAGCUCUUCAACGAUUCUAAGGGAGUUAACAAAGAGCAGAGACAUGGCGAGCCUAACAGUUGAUGCAGCGACCAGGUUAUCACGUAAGAAAAGCUUGAUUGGAGAACCGGAAAGCAGUGUUCAGAGAAUGAGGGAAACGGAGAUCUUGGAUCUAGCACGCAUUUUCAAGAGACGUGUUUUCGCCUUCUUAGGUGAUGGUACUUCAUAG